AUGUCUGAUAUAAACGAAAUGGAAAUUCCAUCCAGAGCGGAUGAAAUCAGACAAGUCACUCCAAAGGAUCCUAUGCAUGAAAUCGAGGAUAAGAGCACGUAUCAUGCUAAGAUAAAGAAGUCUGAUUCUGGGACCGUUCCGGGUGCUAUACCGUUGAAUUCUAGAUCUUCUAGUAAUUCUAGCGUCACAUCUACGGGUCAGAGCAGUAGGCGAGUGACCAAGAAAACAUCAAAAAAGAAGAAGAAGAACGCUUGCUAUUUUGAUACGUGUUCAAGUGCGGCCUCAAAGUUCAUAGGUGACUGUAAUUUUUGCAAGGGCCACUUUUGUUCGAAACACAGACUAAUGGAAAACCAUGCUUGCAAUGGUUUAACAAGCUGCAAAGAACAAUUACAUCAAAGGAACGCUGAUAAAUUAGAAGCAGAACAAACCAAGGCUCCAAAAAUACAAAUUUAA